UACCGCUUAUCGCGGUCGACUACGUUUUCAAACGGUGAAAGUGAAAUUCUUCCUUCGCUACAUUGCGUUCCAAUCCUUCGCACUUUCGCGCCCGUUCACCCUUUCAUGUGGUCGUAUCUCUACUGUUAGAUACUAUAUCUACAUGUGUACAUAUAUUUAAACAUUGGAUAACACUAUGCAUGCUGUUUUAAGUGUACCUGCAACAGGUGACAAAUUUCCCUUCGCGAUGAAUGGUCUACGGACAUUUGCGUAUAGCAUCUUUAGCGUGCAGAAAUAUUACAUAUGUUAAGAAUGUGAAUAAUAUAGAUCAUGGACUAAACUUUUAUUCAAAGUUUCUCAAAUACCGUGGGUGGGAAUAUUCGGUUUCCAGGAUAUAGGAAAGUUUGAUCGAUACUUGAAAUGUUUAACCAACCAUGAUAUGGCUACUGAACGGUAGUUCAGUAGUAGCAGAGGUGAACGGGAUGCCAAGAAAACGGGUUAAGAGUCCGCACGGGUGGACGUUGGUCGACGAAAAUAUCGAAAAUGUGGAACACUUAAAGCUCGAUCGUAAAACGCAACGAGAACUGGGUUGUUUGGUCGGCGAACACGUGUUCCUGGAAUACCCGUGGGCGUUCGUUCCCCGGGACGUUAUUGUGAGGUUUGCCAAGAUACCGGAUUCGCCUCUAGCGCCUUUUCAAGAAGAAAUCGAAAUUUAUAAAUCCGAUACAUUCCUGCUGGGUUAUUCUUCCGAUCAGUUAAUUUCUGACGAUUUCGUGAUCUGCCUCACUGAAAAAGCGAAACACUUUGUUCGACAAACGAAUAAAAAUAUUACUAAUUCCAUUUUGAACAGAGUUAUUAGCAAAGUGAUAAAAACCAGUAAAUCUUGGAAGUCGUUAGGUAGCGAUAUAGAAGUGGAUGAAACGUUUGUGAAAAAUACGAGGGAUUUUUUUGAGAUUGAAAUUGUAGUCCCUGGGAAAAUAUUAGGCUCCUGUCAGGUACUAACUGAUAGAAAUGCGAAUGACACGAGAGACAGCUGUGUGCAGCUCGUAAACGCAGAUGAAAAAUUUGAAAAUAUUGAGAGAAAGUGCAUCAGUAAAUCUAUUCAGACUCACUUACAGUCUCGAGAAACCGCUGUUCAGACGCAUAUCAGUUAUCCUCGAAACGCAUGGACGCAAUACGUGUACAAGGACACUUUGAACGAAGCACCUGCUGAGGACCUCGAAGAUCCUGAGGAAGAAGAACAAUUGCAAGAAGAAGCGGAAGGGAACGGUGGAUCGCUAGAUAAACACACUUGUGAGAGUAAAGAAACUGACGAAGAAACCAGAGAAAGAACGCCCUUGGAAUUAUUUUUAGAUGAUGGUUUACCGGAAAUGAUAGAUACGAUUAAAUAUAAUGCAGCCGUUAAUCUGCAUGUAGAUGACGUACAAAAUUUAUCUCAAGAUGUUCGUGAAGUGAAAACUUUUUCCUCGACGCCUAUGUUUUGCGAACAGCUUUCGGUUAUUAAUUUAAAUCUCACGGUCGAUAAAGCUGUAUCGGAUGUAAGCGUACACAAUGCAUUAACUGAGUACAUAGCGAUUUCGUAUCGGACUUGGAAAAAUGGCUGCGCGAGGGAAGGCGAGUUUCAGACUAGAGUGCUUAUUUGGAAUUUAAAUGAUCCUCUUCGACCGCUAUUGGCACUUCAAGAUCACAGAGAAAUCUACUCCGUCAGUUUUUCACCACGCAAUGACAGUCUGGUGUUAGGAGGCUGUUCGACCGGUCAAAUUGUUAUUUGGAACAUCCACGAUCAUCUGUGCACAGACAGAAAUACAAAACUUGGAGUAUCGUUACAAAACAACUUGCCAAUGUUUCGACCAAUCGUCGUGUCUGACAAACACGGAUCACAUCGUUCGUCUGUUCGAAAAAUUCAAUGGAUACCAGCCAAGUACAGAGUGGAGCCAAAUGGAAAGUUAACAAAACCAUCAAUUUCUUCUACAGUGCAAUUUCUAACUGUUUCCAAAGACGGCACCGUAUAUAUUUGGGACCUUCGUCCUGACGAUGAAGAUUCUCACGAACUACUUCAACCUACUCUUCGUUUAGUGAUUCGAAUUUCAAAUGAAAAAUCGGUGAACUUCAGUCCGUUGUGUGUGUGCCUUCCAUCUAUUAGUGUUUUACGCGAACAGAAUUCGAGUUCACGGGACGUGAAUAAAUUUGAUCUGAAAGAGGAAGAUUACUUGAAGAGUUUAUGGAUUGGCUGUGCGGAAGGAUUGAUAAAGUGUUCAUGGAAGGAGCAAGAGCUCGAGGAGAAAUCAGCAGAGAUCAUUGAAUGCGACACUUUGUAUUGCUCGUAUGCGCACGAUGGUCCCGUUACGGAGAUCACACGGUCCCCGCAUCUUCAGAACAUUCUGUUGACAGUCGGUGGACAAGUGUUUGCUAUUUGGAGCGAUAAUUACAUGGAUUCUCCUUUGUUUUGGAGGAAAACUUGUUCAAAAUACACGACUUGUUGCUGGGCCAAUGAACCCGGAGUAUUUCUGCUGGGUAGCCAAGACGGUAGCCUUGAAGUGUGGGAUAUAAAGAACGAAUCGAAUAAGCCAGUACUUUUACAAGUCGUAUCGACGAACUCGAUUACGCACUUGAUUCUGCUAGAGUCUUCUGUAUUCGGUAGUGCGAAAAUGUUUGGAGUGGGUGAUCGCGGUGGAUUAUUUCGUGUGCUCAAGGAGCCCGAGAUUGUUAGCUGCAACGACGCGCUGGAGAGGAUGGAUUGGUUCGAGGAGUACGCGUGGCGUGAGCUGCGAAGGAAAAAAGUUUUCACCGUUUGGCAAAAUGAUUUUCUCGCUAACGAUCCCGCCGUGAUAGCAAAAAGAUCAGCUAGGCGUGACGCGGAACGUAAACGAGAAGCGGAAGAGGCGAGGGAAAGGCUGCGCCGGGAGCAAGAAGCGCGUCUACGGCUGGAAAUAGAGAAAAGGGCGCGUGACGCACCGAUCCCAAAAGAUAUCGCGUGGAAAUCGAAACAAUUUGAUAGGAUGAAAGAAGAUCUUUUAAAUAAGAAGAAAUUAAUUCCUUCCGUGCUUGAAGCAAAGAGGCUUCCUCUGGUCGUGUUGAAUGCAGAACGAGAAGCGAAAUUAGAGAAAGUUCGGGAAAAGAUUGCGCACCGAGAUGCGUACUUUUUAAAUGAACUGUCCGCAGAAUUUUUACAAAUUCUCGAAUCGAAGGUAGAAGUUGCGAAAUUCGAGAAAGCCAUAAAACUGGAAAAAUCAACCGACGAUUACAUGCAGAGAUUUACUGAAUUGAAACGUAGAUUUAACGAAGAGAUAGCAAAUUUAAUUGUUUCCGAUUGCGUAGAUAAAUAAUGGCAGUAAUAGAUUAUAUGUACAUUAGAUGUAUAAAGAAAAAGCAAAUAAACUUGUAAAUUGAAAUCA